AAGUCGCAUUUCAUAACCCCAAACAAUUUUGGCUCACACACGUUUAGCUUCGACAGAAAUGGAGGGCUCAGCCUCAGCAAAAGCAGAGGGAAAGCCAUGGCGGGUACUCGAAUUCUACAGCGGCAUUGGCGGCUUGAGGUAUUCAUUGAUGAGGGCAGGGGUAGAUGCUGUCGUAGUCGAAGCAUUCGACAUUAACGACGUUGCAAACGAUGUGUACGAGCACAAUUUCGGCCACCGUCCCCAUCAGGGUAAUAUUCAGACAUUGAGUGCUGCUGAUCUCGACAGCUAUGGGGCGGAUGCGUGGCUUUUGUCACCUCCUUGUCAGCCUUACACAAGACAAGGUCUUCAGAAGGGUUCGAGUGAUGCUAGAGCUUCUUCAUUCCUGAAGAUUCUUGAACUGAUACCUCAAAGUUCACGGCCUCCAAUGAUGCUAUUCGUUGAGAAUGUUGUUGGAUUUGAGAUAUCUGAUACACAUUCAAGGAUGAUUACAAUUUUGCGGGAAAAUCAUUUUGACACUCAAGAAUUUAUUCUCAGUCCUCUGCAGUUUGGCAUACCAUAUUCCAGACCUCGCUAUUUUUGUCUGGCGAAGCGAAAACCUCUAUUUUUUCAAACCACACAGUUGAAUAAUAAGCUUGUUUGGGCUCCGGGCCCAAUACUUGGGUACGAAAAAAACAUGCCGACCAGAGAAGAUGUAGAAUCACAUGCAUAUUGUAAUGAACUACUUGAAAGGUGUCAACCUAUACAAGAUUUUCUUGAACUAAAGGAUUUGAGCUGUGAAGUUGAUUCAGAAUCGGCCAUCAUGCUUGCUAAUGUUGAAGGAGGAAAUGUAUUCGUUGAUAAUAUUUCAUAUCAGUAUUUAGUUCCAGAUAGCUUAGUGGAAAGAUGGGGGAGUGCUAUGGAUGUUGUUUUCCCCGAGUCAAAGCGUUGCUGUUGCUUUACAAAAAGUUACUUUCGGUAUGUGAAAGGCACCGGCUCCCUUUUGGCAACUGUUCAGGGAAAGAUGAAAACUGAAACCUCUUCACUGCAGGAGCUUCGUCUCAGAUACUUCACGCCAAGGGAGGUCGCCAAUUUACACUCUUUUCCGGAAGAGUUCCAAUUUCCACAGCACGUUAGCCUUCGGCAACGUUAUGCUUUGCUGGGAAACAGUUUGAGUGUUGGAGUUGUGGCGCCUUUACUCGCGUAUCUAUUUACUCAUCAAUCAUCGAAAUUUGAAUUGAGUCUCGUACGCAACUCAAACAGCAUAGAGUGAGUCAGUUUCUUGUUGUUUGACUUUUAUCAUCCCAACGAAUUGUUUUUCGUGGGCGUUCGUUAAAUGCAGACUCGAAUUCUUCUCUGAUAUGUGUAUUAGCUAAAGGUUUACAGAUAUCUGCUGAUUGUAGUCUGUCUGAAAGAAAGUUUGAUACCAUUUUUUCUUAUUUCACACUGGGAUCGUAAACUUUUGAUCCAUGUUAUUUUUCAACAGUUAUUUUCCAGUUUGUUAAUUUCCAACAUCUUUAUUUAUUGAAUCAUUUUUGUUUAGGCAAAAUUGUAAU